GUUCGGAGUUCCCCGACCUUCAUUUCAUGACGAUUGUUACAAUGUUUACCCAGACAGCUUUUCACGGUUUCCUUUGUUUCUGUAGACGUUAGAGGUUUAUCAAGGAUAGGAUCGGCCUGCAUGCAGAGACGAGAAAGAUUUACCAUCUUCCAUGUCGAACUUACGCAAGUGGAAUUAGAGGAACAACCAGAAGGCAGGAAACACACUGUAAGUCAACACAACCAGGAGUCUUGUUUGCUCUGGCAAAUUAGUGGACACCAUGGCUGCGUUUGGUGAGGAGGACUGCAUGACGAGUAGUCUGUAUGACACAACGCAGGGUUCUCAGCCAUUAAAACGUGUUGAGCCGUCCGUGCUCAAGUUCACCAAAAUUGUCGUCCCAACAGAUUUAGAGAGACUACGGCAACACAAAGUCAACAUUGUGAAGUUUCACAAACAAAGAAACUGGGAGAAGCUUACCACAGAGCAAAUUAAUGCCCGGCAAACAGUUCAGCAACUAAAAGCAAACAUACGUGAGAUGGAAAAGACAAGGAGCCUUAUUAGAGAAGAAGAUCUCCCGUCCUUUGAUAGUAGGGUGACCCCCGUGAAAGAGGAAGCAAUCCAUGCUGUUGUUGAUUUCCUUGAGAUGAAUGAUACUGAGCAAGCACCACUAGGGGGUGCUCAUACUAGGAACUUUGUAUCACAAGGGGACUCAAUGUUGAGACACAGAAAUUUGGGUUCCAGUGACGAAUUUGAAGUAGUCAUUAAUGCACAAGAAACCAUUCCUGAAGACACCCACCAAGCCGAGUCAGAACGCGAGUUAGAACGUUUGAUGCAGCAGCAAGCAGAUGCACAAAGCAAGGCAUCAUUAGAAGCAUGGGAGAAUCUUCACAAUGAUCUAAUCUCAUUAAACUCAGUCAUUCAUGAGUUUGCUACACAUGUUAGGGUUCAGGGUGAAAUAGUUGACAGCAUCGAGGAUCAUGUCGACAAAUCACAAGAUCAUGUGUCUACAGGUCGCAGGUAUCUGAUAAAGGCUUCCUCUCUUAAAGCUGCUCUCUUUCCAGUCAGUGGGGCUAUCAUUGGAGGAUGUCUCGGGGGUCCAGUGGGCCUUUAUGCAGGCAUGAAGGUGGGAACUGUCGCUGCUCUGGGUGGGGGUGCUCUGGGCUACGUCAGUGGUAGGUUCUUGAAGAAAAAGAAAGACAGGCAGGCAAGUUUGGAGUUGGAAGAGAUGGGGGAACAAACGGCUGAGAGUAGAAGAAGAACAUCGUCUGAUCCAGGGUUGAAUAAUGAAGUCAAGAAAACAAGAUGAAGUAUUCUUGAAGAUUUGAUACUGUAUUGAUGGUCAUGCUAGGUUAUGGUGUAGUAAAAUGUGACUCCAUGGUUUCUUACUCAUUGGAUGUCUGACAAUAUGGCAUAGACAAGUCAUUGUGUGCUUGGAAGAAGGAUGCGAUGAAAAAAUUAUUGUGUGUCAAGACUGUUGAGUGUGAAAGUUUGGUCAGGUUUCUGCCAUUCAUUGGUCAGCAUUGGGAGGUUAAAUUCUGAAUAGAUGGGAAAACAUCUCUGGGGUAAUUUGACAUGUUUUCUUUUGUCAGGAGCCAUUCAAAUUAUUUACGGCCCUUUGUUACUGGGAAAGGUACUUUGUGUGCCUACAAGAAGGGUGUAGAACCUAUAUUGUCCUUUUCCAGGCAAACAACAAAAUGUACAUAAAAAAUACAUGUUAUAUGAUAUGUGGUGGAGGUAACUACACUAGUGGUGUUAUUUUUUCUUAUCUUUUUUUGGGGGGCGGGGGAGGAGCAAGCAGAGGGCCAAUCAAUAUAUCGAUUGAACCAUUCAAUGUGCAUUUCUUUGAUCUGAAUGGAGCAGGGUGGUGGGGUGCCCAACAGGACCCCUCCUGGUUACGCCUCUGAUCUACACUGUACACAGGCACUGGACACUUUUGGUAAUCUAUACUCAAAAUAGUUGAUUAGCAUAAAACCUCACUUGGUAACAAGUAAUG